UAAAAUAAAUCUAACUUCAAGAAAUAUAAUUAUAUUCAAAUACAAAAAAAAGUACAUUACUAACCUGUGUGUGUGUGUGUGUGUGUGGAAAAAUUGAUCUAUUUUAAUUAGUGGUUAGAUGGAUGAGACUAAAUUAUUUUCUUCAUCGUAGAGAUCUUUCAGUAUUAUAAAAGUUAUUUUUUUUUAGUUAAAGUUACAUAUUUUGUUUCAGUUCGACGUUUUACAGCAGUAUAUUUACAGGUUUGAAUCAUCAAGCGAUCAGCUGGUUGGGUGUGAAAAAUAAAUGCAUGACAAUAAACUAAUAUUCAUCUAGAAUCUUUUACUCUAAUUAAGAUAAGGAAAAGUGUAGAGUCGAAUGUAGAUAUGUAGACGAAGCUUUAUUGAAAACAUUGGGCAAGGAUUUAAUAUCUAUUUUAUUCUAUUUUUAUAGUGUAUAAUAAUUAUGUUUGUAUUAUGUUUUUUUUAGCAGAAGAAACAUCAAAAUCGUCAGCGUCGAAUGAGCGUGGAGAGAAUCCACGUAUAAGUAUGACAAUACCAUCGGUUAAACCUCGUUCAUCACCUCGAUCAAAUUUUCCAUUUUUAUCUUCAACAACUACAGCAGGGACAAAAAACUUAAUAAUGUCUAAAAAACGUAAACCAGAUACGUUUUUGGACGACGAAGCACAAGAAAAUUCCGAUGAAGAAAGUGAUACUGAAUCAAAACAACGUGCUGCACUCAAAAAACUAAAAGCAAAUCGUCCAUUAUCUGACGACGAAGAAGAAGAUGAGGAGGAAGAAAAUAGUGAACAAGCAAAACGAGGUUAG